GCCUUCCUCAGGACGGCAAGAACCGCCGUUGUUCCUUUGUUUGGGUUUCCUCAUAAAUCGGCGAGGCGAUAGAUAGAGAGAGAAUUGGUUCCCAACAAAAGCAGCAUUUGCUAUAGAUAUUGGAAAUUCGCAGUUAUUUCCGCGGUGGAUUUGGAGUCCUAUCAAACACAGUAAUAAAAAUUUAAUUUCCCAAAAUCUUCGCAGUUAUGAUUCAGAGAUUUGUUGACGCCGUCCUAGCUGUUACCAAAGAAGCAGGUCGGUGAAGACGGUGACGUAUGAGUCGUUGAACAAUAUUGCGAGGUUGAUAAAUGGAGUGUCUGCGAUUUUGUUGACUAUUUUGCCUGCAAAGGCUAAUGUUCUUGAAGGUCUUCAAGGAUGGGAGCUCAGGCCUACUUUUCGUGGGCCUCGAUUACCCCGCUGGAUGGAGAAUGGCGUGUCCUCUUUCAACAAAUUCAUUCAUGAGCUACCCAUGGAUUCUGAUACUUCAAGCAUGGAUUAUUCAUCAACAGAGGAAGAUGGUGAUGGAAUGUAUCCUCCAACGCCAUCAUCUCAAUGCUCACGCAUGUCGCGUGCAAGUACUUUCAGCAGGAAUCGUGGGCAUUCUACCGGGUGGACCAUCUUCUUAUUUUCAUGGAUUCUGUUUCCCUUAAGGUUUCUGCUGGGAAUUCCUAUUCGUUUCUGUCGUUUAUUUUACAUUAGGAGGUCAGCAGCCUCUCCUAGAGGAAGCCACCAGAAUUCACCAUUACACACUGUUAAGAAAAUUCAUUCGUUAAGGGACCAUGUCAUUCACCGCACCACUGACAGGAGACGGGGAGUCAUUGAGGACCUUCAUCUUGCAAUCGAGGUUUUCAUAGAAGUUAUAUUUGAUUUUUUUCAUAAAGCAGCACAUUUUCUUCUUUCGCCAUCAGAAGUUCUUAAAGCAAUCUGUAGAUGGUUUCUGUCUUGGACAAGUGGCAACGAAGAUAUCCAUGGUGGUGUUUCAGAUGCAUCUAUACCUGCUGCUACACUUGGAGAGGAUGAUCCAGCUCCUACAGAGACGAAAACUACUUUGCACAACUCUUUGAAUACAGAUGCUCGAACCUGCCAGGAUGUUAUAACUGAGUUUGGAUACCCUUAUGAAGCUAUUCAUGUGAUCACUUCAGAUGGAUAUGUUCUACUUCUGGAAAGAAUUCCUAGACGUGAUUCUCGGAAAGCUGUUUACCUCCAACAUGGGAUAUUGGAUUCAUCUAUGGGUUGGGUGUCCAAUGGGGUUGUUGGAAGUCCAGCUUUCGCAGCAUAUGAUCAAGGAUAUGAUGUUUUCCUUGGGAACUUACGUGGUUUGGUUUCUAGAGAGCAUAUUGAAAAGGAAAUUUCCUCACAGAACAGGUAUUGGCGGUAUUCCAUCAAUGAGCAUGGGACAGAGGACAUUCCAGCAAUGAUUGAGAAGAUUCACCAGGUUAAAAGUGCUGAAUUGAAAAUUAGCCAGCCUGAUCUUGAGGAAGAAACAAAUGAUGAUCAACAUUAUAAACUUUGUGCAAUCUCCCAUAGCUUGGGAGGAGCUGCCAUGUUGAUGUAUGUUAUAACAAGCCGGAUUGAAGAAAAGUCCCAUAGACUAUCUCGAUUGAUUUUGAUGUCACCUGCUGGCUUCCAUCAUGAUUCCUCCUUAGUCUUUACAGCUUUUGAGUAUAUGUUCCUUCCUUUGGCUCCUAUUCUAGCAUGUUUCGUUCCUGCCUUUUACAUACCAACAAGAUUCUUCCGCAUGUUGCUAAACAAAUUGGCUCGGGACUUCCAUAACUACCCAGCAGUUGGAGGGCUGGUUCAAACCCUUAUGAGUUAUGUUGUUGGUGGAGACAGCUCAAAUUGGGUGGGCGUAAUAGGGUUACCACACUAUAACAUGAAUGACAUGCCAGGAGUUUCCUUUUAUGUGGCUCACCACCUUGCACAAAUGAAACGUGCAAGGAGAUUUAGAAUGUAUGAUUAUGGAAGUGCAUCUGCCAACAUGGAUGCGUAUGGAUUUCCAGAACCAUUGGACUUGGGUGAAAAUUAUGGGUUCAUUGAUAUUCCAGUUGAUUUGGUUGCUGGAAAAAAGGACAACGUGAUUCGGCCUUCAAUGGUAAGAAAGCAUUACAAGUUGAUGAAGGAAGCCGGUGUGGAAGUAUCAUAUACUGAAUUUGAAUAUGCCCACUUGGAUUUCACCUUCUCCCACCAUGAAGAGCUGUUAGCCUAUGUGAUGUCACGUUUGCUGCUUGUUGAACCAGCUCAGAAGCAGCUACGAAAUGAGAAAUCUUUACGGUUGAAGAGAAAAGGACAAACAAAAUUUUAAUAGACAGUGAAUAUUGCGCUUUGCCUGCCUUUUUUCGCAGCAUGAGGUGCGUAUCUAAAGAAGCAGGUUGUUGUUGUACAUGAUUUACUUGAAUAGACAUCCUUCAAUUCAAUGUAAUUAGUGGUAGAGCUGCAGUAUAUAUAUAAAUGCGUCCACCACUUUCCCAGCUAGUUUUGUCGGAGGAGAAGCGUGGUGCUGCUUUACAGAUGCUUUAGUGAUGUUGUUUGUAACCUUAAAACUCCAUAAUAUAGGUUUUGAAGAUUUUUUUCUUCUUAUGUUCCAUCAUUGGAUGAUCCGAUCCAUGCAGUGGACAGCUGCGUUGUUUUAUGUUGGCGAAAAACCAUGUUUUAAUCUGUCUGAUAAUAAAUUAUGAUAAUGUGUUAAUUUUUA